CAUCAUCACGCUCUCGUCAUCAUCGUUAGCUCGCGCUGGGCCCCACCUAGAAUGAGGCUGUAACGAGUGUCAGCAUACAUUCAUUCGUCUAUGCACCUCGUCCCAUCUCACCACCAGUCAAACCGUAAUCCUGAUCAUGGAGGACAAGACAGAGCCAGCCAUAGCUGAAUACAGAAGAGAUUUUCGCCACGAAUUGCUUGCGCUGAAAAGCAAGAACGACGUUCAACCGUGGCAGCAUUGGGCGUUCAUUCUUUCCUGCCUCGGAACAUCUGUAGGCUUCGGCAGCUUCUGGCGGUUCCCUGCACUGGCGCACGAACAUGGCAGUGGGACCUUCAUCAUAUGCUACAUCAUCAUGGUGGUCGUCGUGGCAAUGCCAAUCUACAAGCUCGAGCUAGGAUUGGCUCAAUUCAGCGGCCGCAAUAUCAUAUCAAUUUGGAAAUGCUUUCCGCUAGGAAAAGGUAUAGGCAUGUCAUUCUGCUACGCUGCCGUCAUCGUCAGCGUUUACAUGUCCGUUAUCCUCGCGUACUUGAUUUCGUACUUGUUCUAUAGCAUGACGGGCAAGAAGCUCGAGUGGGCAGAAUGCAACCCUAGCUGGAGAAACGAUACCGGUUGCUAUAGCACUAGAGACGCACCGAGGCUAUGUACGGCAAAGCGCGCCCUUGCCGAAGGUGCAGACAAACUCAAUCUCUCGGUACCGACGGUCCUUUCUAUCAUGUCGAAUGUCUCUUGCAUCAAUGCUACACAGAGUGCUGCAGAAAUUUACUUCUACAAAAGGAUUCUGGGACUGAGCAAGUCCAUCACUACGUUGGGAGAGUUCAGGAUUGAGCUAGCGGUGGCCGUUGCAGUCGUGUGGAUACUGACGUAUGUCUGCGUUACCAGGAGAGACCCACGAUUCGGAUACAUCGUUUUCAUCACGGUGCCUAUUCCCAUCGCCAUCAACGAGAUCUUUCUCGGGAGCGCUUUCACGCUAACGGGAGCUUCUCUGGGAGUCGACUAUCUUACCAAACUCGACCUGCAUACUUUUCUCGAUCCACUCGUUUGGGUCAGGGCUUGCCAGCAGGCGCUGUUUUCGUUUGGACUUGGAAUGGGCACUGCAGCGUAUCUCGGCAGUCGAAACAGCUUUUUUGAUCGCUCAUAUUCAGCUGAUAGAUUUGUGGCCGCGAACACGGUUAUUGCCAGCAUAACCAGUACGCUCAUCGCCUUCUGUACCCUGGGGCACUUCGCGGGCACGAAAGGCACUUCGGUGCCGGACAUGCGAAGACCUAGCCAGGCAGUCCCAUUCAUAACGUCCUCCGCUAUGCUCACGACACUCGGAUUUCCCAAAAUUGCAGCCGCUGUAUUCUUCGGAACACUUGCGUUGUUCAUGUUCAUUGCCCAACUGUGCUUGGUCGCGUCCCUGUUACAUUCUUUUCGGGAGCUUACCGCGAUCUCGCACGAUCGUUUCCCGUUCUUUGCAAUGGCCUACUGCAUGUUGGCUUUCGUGUUCACGUUGCCGUUAACGAUGCAGAACGGGUUUUAUGUCAUCAACCUGUUGGACACCUAUGUGGGCGGGAAUAUGCUUCCGAUCAUCACGACGUACGAAGUGGUCGCACUGUGCUGGGUAUACGGGAGCCACAACGUAUGCAGGGACUUCGAGUUCCUCACAGGACGGCGUCCAGGAGGCCUGAUGGUGUUCUGCUGGAAGUUCGUCUCUCCUAUCGUACUCCUGGCGGUCUCGUCUUACUCUGCAUUCGCAAAGACAAGUAGCCUUCGCAUGGCUCUCUACGAGUACCCUUUAUGGGCGAGCGUCAUUGGAUGGCUUAUGGUGGGCGUCGGCAUAGCCAUAAUUGGUGCAACUUACUGGACGGUUUACACCGAGAACGGGAAACUCGUGAGGAACACAGUGAGCCCCCGCGAAGACUGGGGACCCAAAGACACACAUUUGCUAAGCGUGUACAAGAAAUAUGUGGUCACUGUGCGACAUUCGCUGAUUGUGCGCGGUGGUCCCGCGAGAGCAACCAUGGAGAAGACAACAGCUGGAGGAAAACAUUCAGAAGUUACAGGAAGUGGGGAUGGGUCCUUAGCGAAGUGAAGACAUUUCGCGUAAAUCACGACGAUGAUUAAAAUGAAAAUUCUAUA